AAUAUUGAUUUGUGAAACAGGUAGACCGAAGAGCCGUGAGAUGUUUUGUUGCUGUACAGUAGAAUGGAUCGUUUAUUUUCUUUCAGACCCCAUGUAUGCACUGGCUUGCUUUGCAUGGAUGUGGGGUUCAGUGGUUCACACGAUCGCUCGGGUAAUUAUAAUUAAGAGGUCGGAUCAGGGCAGGACUUUUGUUAAAGAGUUAGCGAUGAGAAAAACAAUUCAACAACACACACACACACACGCACAAAAACAAAAAAAAGAAAUAGUAUUGUUGUUUUUACUGAGGUGUCCGGGCCUGUGGCUCCGAGGGGAAGCAGUGGCUUGCUAGCAUCAUUGUCCCUGAAAACAUUCUCACAAGCCGUGGGAUGUCAGACAAUGGGAAAUAUUUUUAGAUGCUGGAAGAGUGGAAGAGGCCGUUUCCUGAGGAACUGCUGCGGUUCACAACUUCUUGAAAAACAACCUGAUGUCUUUUUACAGAAGUCGGGGCAACUAAUCUGGUUCAAUCUGCUCAAAGCAAACACAGACACAAAAAGAAAACCAGAACAUGCUGUUUCAGAAUGAAAAAACCCUAAAUAAGACUCCUGUUGCAUAGCGGUUUCACCCAUUCCAGGUUUUAAUACGAGCUUGAUUAGUGUGUACAGGUAACAAGCUCAGUGUGUGUCUUAUUAAGCUCCUAGUAAUACCAGGAAUGGAUCAAACUGCUAUGCAACAGGAGUUUGCAUCCCUGGAUUUCAUUUGAAUCACCUACUGCCUUUAUCUGUGUAUCUCGCCUUCAGAAAGGUCAGGUUAUUAACACUUUUGAGUGUGAGGGUUGGGACUGUGAAAGAUGCCAGCGUGGAGCGCUCUGUUAUCUGCUUCCUCGCACGCUAUCUAGUCCAGUACGUGAGGGAGCCUGGACCUCGUGACCCCGCUCUGACCUCUCCCUGUGAAUGGUUUCCCCCCCUGGUCCGUGGCAGCUCUGUUUGACGUUUGCAGUCUGCUAUUGUGCGUUACCGGACGGACAAGCUCAGCACAUUUAGGAAACGUGUCUGGCUGCUGUUCAUAUAAAACUCAGCUUUAUUUAUAACAUUUCCAUUUGACUUGACUCACUCGGAGUUGUGUGUGUGUGUUUGUAAUUUGACUUUGAAAUGCUGUGCGUUUUGUUUGUAUCUCCUUGAGCUUAUCAGGGUUUUCCUGAGCUGCCCGCAGGGGUGAUUUGACUGCAUCAUUUUGCUAAUCAAAUGUUAAACCAAGUCAUGUGAGGCUCAACCUGAGCAGAAGAAAAAAGAUUUGUUUAAAAAAACAGGAUGUUGGAUCCCAGCAUGGUCGUCAAUGUUUUGUUUCCAGCUCUAGUUUUUGCUUGAUGAGUUCAAAAAGAUGCACAGCUAUUUCCCUUGCAUGGUGCAAUGUACCGGACAAAGAAAAUGCCAUCCAAAUGCACUGGAGCACAACAGCAUGUCGAAUGCCAUCUUACAGGAGGCUGUGUGGUCCAGUGCUUAAAGAAAAGGGCUUGUAACCAGGAGGUCCCCGGUUCAAAUCCCAGCUCACUCACUGUGUGUGACCCUGAGCAAGUCACUUAACCUCCUUGUGCUCCGUCUUUCGGGUGAGACGUAGUUGUAAGUGACUCUGCAGCUGAUGCAUAGUUCACACACCCUCUGUAAGCCACCUUGGAUAAAGGUGUCUGCUAAAUAAACAAAUCAUAUUAAGAAGUUAGAUACUUUUAGUUAGCGCUGAGCUGAAUUUAACCCUUAUCAUUGUUCUCGGCUGGCGUCACAUUUACAAGACCAGUCACGUCUGCAAUAAAAUCAAGUGUGUGUGUGUUUUAACCCACGUUGAUCCACUCCUGGUUUUACUAGGAGUUUGAUAACACACCUGAGCUUGUUACCUGUACACACUGUGACUAUUCAAGCUGGUAGUAAAACCUGGAACGGGUGAAACGCUGCGUGCCCCGCUUGGUGUUAAUAAAUGCAGGUGGAUACUGCUGCUCUGGUGAACAGUCCUGAUCUGGCUCGCUUCUACAGAUUCAAAGAAAGCGAUUGAGGCAAACCACAGCAGGGCUUCUCAGAUAAUAGGGUUAUAAUGUGUUAAAGAAAAGGGCUUUGAUACCAGGAGGUUCAAAUCCCGGCUCAGCCACUGACUCCCUGUGUGUGACCCUGAGCAAGUCACUUCACCUCCUUGUGCUCCGUCCUUCGAAUGAAACAAACAAGCUCCUAUUGGAAGUGACUUAAUACGUUCCUUAGGAAUGAAUCAAAAGAAACUAAAGAAAACCUUUUUUUUCCCUUCUUGUGUGGCUCCCCUGAGCGCGGCAGGCUCUUGCUGUAUAACAAAGCACAGAGUUGGCUCUGGUCACUGGGAAAGUGCUAUUUGUGACUUGGCCACAGUGUGUUCACAGACUCAAGCUUCAACUCCAAGCAUGCAAAGUUUAUAACAACAGGGUUGAUGCAGUUCACAUGGCUUCCUUCACAGGCCUGACUGAAGUCCCCCAGGCUCUGGGUAUCUGUAUUUAUCCAGUGCGGAGUAAAAUCUGGUGUCUGUGUGAUUGUCGCUGGGAAUGUUGCUUCAGCGAGACCCUGAGCUGAAACAGAAACAGGCUUUGUAACCCAAGACAGCUGAAACCAGGGCAGAAGGACAUUGCGAUUAAGGGAUGCACGGACUGCAAGCUGAUUGCUUACAGAUGUUAGAGGUGUGGUGCUCAUAUAGACUCUAUGCUUCAGAAUAACUGGAGUAGUAAAACCUGGAAUGGAUGAAACUGCUAUGCAACAGGAGUCUUAUUUCCGUCCUUGUUGCUAGUGAACCUGGCCCUUUUUCUUGUCUGGUUUAAGCUUGUGUCCUGAUCUGUCGUGGUGCUUGUUUCAGAGUUUACUGAUGCACAAGCCUGCCGUCUCUGGGAGCGCCACUUAGCUGCACCAUGGAGAGAGGACAGCUGCUGUGGAUUCUGUUGUUGCCGCUGGUAACAGAGCAGGUUCCUGCGGGGGCGCUGGUGUCCUUGGAGCCGCUGUCAGCCGUGUCUGCCACCCCCCAGUCUGUGGUGCCCAUGGGGGUGUCGAGGGCACAGAUCCUGUCUGCCCAGUUCGAGUGCUACCUGAAGAUCCUCAGGGACCCCCCCUACCGGGGAGACGGACCCUACUGUAACCGCACGUGGGAUGGCUGGAUGUGCUGGGAGGACACCCCGCCCGGGAACAAGGCUGUCCAGUUCUGCCCUCAAUACUUCCAGGACUUCGAUCCCUUGGAAAAGGUGACGAAGGUUUGUAAUGAAGACGGACAGUGGUUUCGUCACCCGGAGAGUAACCGCACCUGGUCCAAUUACACCCUGUGUUCUGCCUUCACCAGGGCCAAACUCAAGAUGGCAUACAGCAAGUACUACCUGGCCAUUACCGGACACUGCCUCUCUCUGGUAUCCCUCUUCAUCUCGCUCUGCAUCUUCUUCUACUUCAAGAGUUUGAGUUGCCAGCGCAUCUCUCUUCACAAGAACCUGUUCCUGUCCUUCAUCCUCGACUCCAUCGUCACCAUCAUCUGCCUUUCUGCCGUGGCUAAUAACCACGAGCACGAGACUCACAACACGGCUGGCUGCAAGGUGCUGCAGUUUCUGUAUCUCUACACCAUGGGCUGUAACUACUUCUGGAUGCUGUGUGAGGGGAUCUACCUGCACACCCUCAUCAUCGUGGCCGUGUUCGUGGAGGAGCAGCAGAUGUGCUGGUACUAUAUCCUGGGCUGGGGAUUCCCUCUGAUCCCAGCCGUCAUCCAUGCAGUGGCCAGACUGCUUUUCUUCAAUGACAACUGCUGGAUCAGCGCUGCCACUCAUCUCCUGUACAUCAUCCACGGACCGAUCUGCGUGGCCCUGUUGGUGAACCUGUUUUUCCUGCUCAAUAUCGUGCGGGUCCUCAUCACCAAGCUCAAGGUCACUCACCAGGCUGAGUCCAGCACUUACAUGAAGGCUGUGCGAGCCACGCUCAUCCUGGUACCCCUGCUGGGGAUCCAGUUCGUCCUGUUGCCAUGGAAACCGGAGUGGCGACUGGCCGAGGAGAUCUACGAGUACAUCAUGCACAUCUUCAUGCACUACCAGGGCCUGCUGGUCGCCACUAUCUUCUGCUUCUGUAACGGAGAGCGUGGCCCGGCAUCCACAGCCCUCGUUUCCUGUCCCGGGCAUUGUUCCCCUUCCCAGAGGGCCGAGUGGCGGCACUGGGCCUGUUCUCCAUGGGAGUGCCUUCCUGCGUUGCAAAGUCUUUCCUUCAGAACUGCCUCAUGGACCCUGCAGGGACCCUGUCAGCCACUCACCGGUCCGCACCCUGCCCUGCAGCCAUUAUCCAGCUGCUGCUGUUUAUAGAUACGCUCGCUUUUCUAUUUCUACUGGGGCUUUGAGCUGUAAACAGCUUGUUCAGUGAUUUUUUGUUUACUGUUAUUAACAAAUAUAUUGUCCUGGUGUUACCAAAUAUUGCUUCCCCUGAAUAUUUGUACCCCCCCCCCCACAC